AACGGUUCGCAAUGGUUUGUCUCUAAGAGACGGAACCAGACGCUUGAGACUCAGAACCCGGGACGGCCCGGCGCGCAGAACGCGGAGACUGCGCAGCAGCGCCGGCCGAGCGCCCCGCGAGCCCGGCCGGCGCCCGCAGUGGCCGUUUCGUAACCGCGGCGAGGCCGGAAGCGCCGCCCGCCCCGCCCCUCGGUGCCGUGCGCAGCUCCCCCGGAGCUUCCGCUCUGUUCCCUUUUAUGGGAGGAAACAUUUGUUUUGUCAGUUCUCUGACGCCACCGCCGCGGCCUGGCCCUAGAGCCGGGUCCUAGGGGAGCCUCUCCCAGUCGCUACUUCCGCUUCCUUCCAGCGAGGACCCCGGGCCUCCCGGUUGGCGCGUCGGGGGCGGCGUGCAGCGCAACCACGAGACGGCCUUCCAAGGAAUGCUUCGCAAACUGGACAUCAAAAACGAAGACGAUGUCAAAUCCUUGUCGAGAGUGAUGGUCCAUGUUUUCAGCGACGGCGUAACAAACUGGGGCAGGAUUGUGACUCUCAUUUCUUUUGGUGCCUUUGUGGCCAAACACUUGAAGAGCAUAAACCAAGAAAGCUGCAUCGAACCCUUAGCAGAAAGUAUCACAGAUGUUCUCGUACAUACAAAAAGGGACUGGCUAGUCAAACAAAGAGGCUGGGAUGGGUUUGUGGAGUUCUUCCAUGUAGAGGAUCUAGAAGGCGGCAUCAGAAAUGUGCUGCUGGCUUUUGCAGGUGUUGCUGGAGUAGGAGCUGGUUUGGCAUAUCUAAUAAGAUAGCCUUGUAAGUGCAAUAGUUGACUGUUAAACAACCCCAGGCACCAAAACAAUAUACUUCUGUGAAAUCAAAGUACUUGGGCUUGAAACUGUCCAAGCAGCAACGUCAAAGAGGCCAUUUCGCAAGAAAAUUAUGGCUACCAGUAAUGGGAAAAGUAGUCCCCUUCAAGAGUCACAGUGAAAGAAGCAAAGUGCAGUUUCAGCAACAAACAAAACUGGGAGAGACCGUGAAAGACUUCCAGAUUUAGUGAAGAUGAUAGGGUGGAAAGACUUGAUUUCUUUUCUAGAACCAGAGGAGUGGCCAGUAAGUAGCUAGUUAGUCAUAGAAGUCAUUAAAUGUGCCAGCAAAUCAUCAAUUGCCUAGUGUUAAAAGAGAAGCACUAACAAUGCUCGUGACGUGUAAAACGGAUUUAAGCUACAAGGAGUUGAACUCUGACCACAGGCCUCAGUACUGUAGAACAGCGUGUGAAGGGUAGCUUUUCCUCUAUAAUUUACUUUCCUGGUGUAUUUCUUGAGUAGACCAACAACAGCAACAUGGAAUAGUCCCAAUUUUUAAAACGAAAGCAACUUGUAUUUGUCUGUAAAAAUUGUAUAUAUUUUUACAGAAAGUAUUUGGACAUAAAAGUAUAUCCCAAAUUUACAGUAGUUUUUUUCAUACCCUUUUGAAAUUUGCAACUUCUGUAGUUAGGGAUCUUUCUUACAGCUUUUCUAUUCAGAACUUUGUCAUGGUCAGUUCUAGAGUGUAUGUAGAACUGUGUUACGUGUAUGCAGCCUGGUUGUACUGGAACAAAUCUGAUUCAUAACUAUGCAGGGUUUAAUUUUCCAGUCUGAUUUUGAUAAAUAAAAUGGAUUCUGGGGGAGGGUGGGCUGAUGGUCAUAAAAAUAAUAGGCUCUGAUUAGACAACUUCGAGUUCUUAAAUUUGAUCUAAUUUAACUGGUACAACUUAAAACUGAGUUCAUGAGCUCAUCUUUAAAGCUUACAUUCAAAAAUUUUCAGCUGUUCCAAGUGAGCAUUGUGUGUGAGAGACAUUUGAUUCCUUGUUUAAUUUGUAAAAUGAUGGCUUGCAAAAGCAGGCCAUCGUCUAACGGUGCUAAUACUGGGCUUGCUUGUUAAAUACAGGUUUAAGCCUAGUAUGCAAAUAAAAGAAAUUCUUAACAAGUUUCUUUUCUAUUAAUGAUUCCCAAGCUUUGUUUUGAAUUUUUGCAUUGGCAUCUCUGGGUCUCAGAUCAGAUCUGAAUUUACUGUAUUUCCUGUCCUUUGAAAUAUAUGCUGCUAGUCCUGCUCCCUGUACAGAUACUUACAUCCAUCUCUACAUCAUUAUUCUGCCCUGUUUGAACUCUUACUUGUCCUUUUAGUUUUCAGCACUAUGCACCCCUACUGGGAACCUAAUUAGCCCACCCCCCCCCACCCAGUUAACAGACCUUCAGCCAUCAUGGAUUUUAUCCCUUGGGAGGUAGGGACACCUCCGUGGGUGUUCUGACGGUAACAGUCAUGGGGGUGGGAGGGACUCCCUCUUCCUUGGUAUCCUUGCAGUUGAUUUAUCCUGUUUUUGGAAGGAAGGUUUCAAAAAUUCUUUUAGGAAUUUUCAGAAGAGAUAACAUGGCUUUCUCUACAAUACUUGCAUUUGAAUAUGCUCACUUAAAUUUCUAGAAAGAGAUGGGCUGUGUUGAUCCUGAGAGUUACAUAAAAGCUACUGGUAAACUGAAGAAAGCUGCUGUGUUGCAGCUAGGGUUAUUUGAAAGCUUCAGUCUCUAUGCGACCUUUAGUCUGCACUCCAGAUAAAAAUAGGCAUGAAUAAAGUGACUAAGAAUGUAAUAGGGAAGGAUUACCCUGCCUGUCCUCCUUGGAGCCAUAAAGUUGUCUUGCUAGAGCUAUUUUUACCUAUGUAUUUGUCUUCCUUGAUCACAAACCACUUAUUUAUAUCGUGUCUCUCUUAACCUAAAAGCACUUUAUGUAGUUUUUAAUCUUACGAUCUGGUUAAGGUGACUAAAAAAACCUCUCUUCCCAUACCCAGUUGUGAGAUGAGUGUAAAUUGGUGUGCAGGAGCUUCACUUCCCAGUUGACUGGUGUGAGGCUGAAGUGUAAGUAGGAUCUCAGUGGGUGUUUUGGGUCCAGGGCAGUGAGGGCUUACAGAGCCUGAGAAAUUGGGGAAAAGGAUGUGGGGGAAGGGUGGAGGACUACAGUUGAUUUACAGGAAGAAGAGGCAUGUGGUCUUACAAAGUGCUGACUGGCUAUAUAGUUCAGACAGAAUCUUCCAAAAUGGAAAGGGAGGGGCUGCUUGGAUAGCUCUCAGUGACUUCUAUUUGUCUUGUGUUUCUCUCAGGGAAAAAACACGCAGUCCUCUAGUGGUGGUGAUACAUUCUAUUGGGAGGGGUGGACACCUUGGUUCUGGUUAAACAGCUGUUUUUCACAGCUGUGCCAGGAAAGAUUAGGACCAACUACAAAUUAAUGAGCUGUAAAAUGUAGUAUCUUUCUCUAACUUCCUGUUCUUCCUGAGGAAAAAAAAUAAAUCUUUUCAAAUUAAGGUGUGGUAUGGGUCUUUCCUCCUUGACACUUUCUUCCCCCUUUUAGGGAAGUCAUCAUUGGAGCAGAUGUAUGUAGGUGAAUUGAAAGCAAAAUCCCCACCAGGCUGAUUUGCCUUAAAACAAAGGAUAGCUCUUCAUUUAAAUUAGAGGUGUUGGGUUUUGUUUGUUUUGUAUUUUGAAAUGUGCUGGCCUUGAGUUUGUAGUGAUCCUCCUACCUUGUUGGCUGGGAUAACAGGCCUGCACCUGGCAUAGGGGUGUUGGGUUUUUCAGGCAGGCACUGUGCUGCUGAGCUAUAUAUCCCCUGACCAUUGGGGUUUUGAUUAAAUGUUUUGUUGCA